CUCAUAAAACACAAUAAACGAUGGCUUCCGCUCAGUUAGACCAGAACAUACGUACCAAAAUCGACACCGUCUGCACGACGGCGGAAGCAUUUGUGCAACUGUAUUACGAUCAUGUGGACAAGAAGCGACAGCAUAUGUCACGGUUGUAUCUAGAUACUGCACUGUUGGUGUGGAACGGCAAUGGCGCCAAGGGAAAGGAAGAGAUUCAGAAAUAUUUCCACCAGCUACCCCGCUCAGAGCACACGGUCACGACGCUAGACGCCCAACCCGUCAUUGAUGAUGCCGUGUCGUCACAGCUAACCUUCAUUAUGCAGGUUUCCGGCUCGGUGCGGUUUCACGAGAUUCCCACUAAACAGUUCCAGCAAACGUUCAUGAUUACGGCCCAGGGAGACAAGUGGAAGAUCGUGUCGGAUUGCUUCCGCAUACAGGAUGGCCUCUUGUAAUCUCACUGAUGGAGUUUCCAUUCCUCGCAA